AACUGUCCAGGGUGAGAGGAGCUCUGAGUCACGAGCUGACAGACACAGCUGACCACCCUGAGUGCUAGGCACACGCUCCCAUCGCAUCAAGUCCGAAAGUAUCCUACGCACCAUGGCAUCGGACGAAUUAGCGAGGAAACUGCAGCCCAGGAUGGCCGCAGAGCAGGCUCCCCAAUUCAUCCGGUGUGCACCAGAGGAGACCCCGGUGAAACCGAGCGACUCUGUCCCUGAGCCGCAGGAAAAAGCGGUGGUGGUCAUUGUCAAUGAUGCCACAUCGGAACUCACGGCGAAACUCAACCGGAGACUGGACAUCAACGAUGGGAACGCGGCGCCCAAGCAAGCCAAGGUAUUCAACCCCUACACGGAAUUCAAAGAAUUCUCCCGCAAACAGAUCAAAGAGAUGGAGAACAUUUUCAAACGGUUUGACAGUGGUAAGGACGGAUUCAUAGACCUGAUGGAGCUGAAGCUGAUGAUGGAGAAGCUGGGAGCUCCUCAGACCCACCUGGGCCUCAAGAACAUGAUCAGGGAGGUGGAUGAGGACUUCGACAGCAAGCUGAGCUACAGAGAGUUCCUGCUGAUCUUCAGGCGAGCAGCGGCAGGCGAGCUGCAGGAGGAGAGCGGUCUGGUGGCUCUGGCCAGACUGUCUGAGAUAGACGUCUCCACAGAGGGAGUCAUGGGGGCACGGGACUUCUUCGAGGCUAAGGUGCAAGCUCUAAAGGUGGGCAGUAAGUUUGAGGCUGAGAUCCGAGAGGAGCAGGAGGAAAUGAAGAGGCAGGCGCUUGAUAGGAAACAGAGACGGGCUGCCUUCAAAGAGCUGCAAUCUGCCUUCUGCUAAUAAUACAGUGCACACACACUGAAACACGCACACACUGAAACACGCACACACUGAAACACACACACACUGAAACACACACACACUGAAACACACACACGUGCACACUGAAACACACACUGAAACACACACAAACACAAACUAAAACAUGCAUGACCAUGCUCAUACUCACACUCACUUGCACAUUAAGGGAUGUUUUAAAGUAGUUCCAUAGCUUCCCUGAAUACACACAUAAUAAUAUUUGAUUGAAUAAUGAAAGUUUGAUAUUAAGGUUAUUGUUAUGAUAUGACUGUUGUGAUUUAUUGUUAUUAUUGUUCUGAUUAACAUGAUUGUAUUAGCUAUUAUACACAAUAUUCUCACUUAGUUUAAAACAGUGAGGUCAUACCUAUUUUAAGAAAAUAGAUUUUUCUAUUUCCCAUCAAUAAUUAUAUUGUUUGAUGUACAUUACAGAAAAGGUUAUGUGGAUCAAUGUAUUGACCAAUUUAUGUGUAGAAGGCAAAGGAAUGUUAAAAUACCUGUGUCCAAAAAAAGUCGCUAGCCACCUUUUUUUCCUGUUGAAACCUUUAAAAAUCACUGAAUAUACGUGUUUACUAUUGGCAUAUUAUAGGUGGUGCUGUUAUAUUGAAUAUUGACCUGUAAUCCAUGUUUGUUUAAUUUCUAGAAACAUACCAUCAUGUAACACUAGCAUUAUGUUGUCUUGUGUCCCGAAAUAAAAGGAAAUGGAUGAAUUGUAUUUUUCCAUAAAUAAAACAAUGGUAAUCACA